AUGCUCUUAUGCACGCAGACCACGAAGUACGAUACCAAAGGAACCAAGCACAUAGUCUUUGUUCAUGGUUCCUUUCAUGGGGGCUGGUGCUUUUACAAGGUUUCCAAUUUACUGCAGAGUAGAGGGUUUACAGUGGGUGCAAUCGAUCUGACAUCUCAGGGGAAAAAUAAAGCCAUCGCGGACAAUGUCACCUCGAUUGCACAAUUUGUACAUCCAGUGGUCGAGUAUUUGAAUAAUGUGACGGGAAAGGUGAUUCUCAUGGGACAUGCUCUGGGAGGAGUUUCCAUUUCGUACUUGAUGGAGAAGUUUGGCCCUGAAAGGAUAACGAAGGCCAUGUUCGUCGCUGCCAUAAUGCCGAAAAACAAUCAAAGCUUCUUUGAAGCUUCUAUAGUGGGUACAUCAACAAUUCCUCCAGGAGGACAACCAUUUGUCUACGGAAACGGACCAUCCAGACCUCCAACUUCUGUGAAUAUCAACUUGGACUUAGCUCGACUCAUGUUUUACGAGGAAAGUCCUGAGGAGGAUAUAAUCUUGGCAAAAACAUUGCUCGUUCCUCAGCCUUAUGGCGUGCUUCUCGAGUAUCUACAUCUGACACCGCAGAGACACGGAAUGAUUCCGCGAUACUACGUUAAGACAGGGAAAGAUUACAUUUUACCAUUAUCCGCACAGGAACGAAUUAUUGCCAUGAACCCCCCUGCAGGAGUCUUUCUAUUGAAUAACAGUGAUCACUUUCCAUUUUUCUGUGAACCUCGGAAGCUCGCAAAAAUUAUCCAACUCGUAGAUCUGCUUUGAGUGUAACAACUCAAAAAACGUAUACCAAGAGCAAGUCUUUGUUGAAAAGAAACCAACUCUUGGAAGAGAUGCAGUAAAGGUGAGCCAAAUAACUAUAUUCACAGCUUUGUAUCUAGUUGCUCACUGGAACAACUCUUAAACUUAUCGGAUACCAAAAGCAAGUUUCUGUUCAAAACUUUGAACUUUUUUAUGUUAUACAGUAAAGAUGAGC